UUUAAGAUGGCAGGGAUUGCUCAGGGCGUCUAUGUCGGCCACGUCCUGGGCAAUGCCAGUGCUCCGAAUGCUGCCCAGUUUGGCCAGAGUGUGGAGCCGUUGGGUUGCAGAUUGCAGAAAGGAUGUGGUGGCCCACUGGAAAGCAGAGUGUGGCCUGGCCAUAGACUAGACUCUCCUGCUGUCCCUGCAUUCUGCUCACACACUGGAUACGCUGGGCAGCAGGACCGCCAGGAAACGGCUAACACACACCUAAUUAGCAGAACAAACCGUGUAAUUGUCUCCCAAAUUGUUAUGUGGCAGUUUAAAAUAUACUGGUGUAUAUAGACUGGUGCCCCGUGUAUAUAGACAAGACUCAGGAUGUAUUAUUACUUGUAUUAUUACAUUUUGUACUUUUCUAUUAUUUCUCUAUUAUCUUUCUCUCUGUAUUGUUGGGAAGGGCCCGUAACUAAGCAUUUAACUGUUAGUCCACACCUGUUGUUUACAAAGCAUGUGACUGAUCAAUUUGUUAUUUCAUUGAUUUGAUACUAAAUGUAAUAUUGCCUGUUUGAAACAGACCCCCUCGGUAUGUAAAUGUGUGUCUGAAACCGUCAGAAGAUGUCAAUGAAUUGUGAAUAUGAAUUACGGCCUUCUGCU